GCGUGGAACACACCGGAAACUAAUGGAUCUCUCAAACAAGUGACACUGACAGCAGAAAUUUCCUCAUAACCCCUAAACCCACUCGAUCUGAACCUCUUCCUAAUCCUACCUCACCAAACAAAACCCAGAUCAGAUUCACUCCCAAAUCUCCUACAUUUCCACAUGCAGAGCAAGUAGGAUGAGUAGGAAGAGAGUUUUGAUAGUUGGAGGAACAGGUUACUUGGGACAGCAUGUAUUGCAAGGCUUUUCAGAGAUUCAAGAAACCACUCCUUGUGAUCUGGCAUUUACCCACCACUCAAGUCCUCCUCCCCAAGCUUUGCUCAAUGCAUUUCCUAGUGUGCUGCCUUUCUCUGUGGAUUUGAAGUCUGGCAAUGGAUUUGAAGCCAUUUCUCAUCAGUUUGGUCCGCCUGAUGUGGUAGUAAACUGUGCUGCACUUUCGGUUCCUCGUGCCUGUGAAAUGGAUCCUGCUGCAGCUAUGUCAGUUAAUGUGCCAUCUUCUCUUGUUAAUUGGUUAUCGAGCUUAGAAGAGAGUAAUUAUCUUCUGAUCCAUUUGUCAACUGAUCAAGUUUAUGAAGGGGUGAAGUCCUUUUACAAGGAAGAUGAUGAAGUUGUUCCAGUAAAUGUUUAUGGGAAAUCAAAAGUGGCAGCUGAGCAGUUCAUUACUGAGAAAUGCUCAAACUUUGCAAUUUUGAGAAGCAGUAUCAUCUUUGGGCCACAGACAAUCUCACCGGUUUCAAAAUCUCUUCCGAUUCAGUGGGUUGAUGGUGUCCUCUCCAAAGGAAAUACAACUGAAUUCUUUCAUGAUGAGUUUCGGUGCCCUGUGUAUGUAAAGGAUGUCGUAGCAAUCAUACUUGCUUUGUCCAAGACAUGGAUAUCAGAGGCUAAGCAAAGAAAAUUGGUAUUGAAUGUUGGUGGACCGGACCGGGUAUCCCGUGUUCAAAUGGCUGAGACAGUUGCUGAUAUAAGGGGAUACAACCUCUCAUUAAUUAAAUCUGUAUCUUCAUCAUCGCUUGAUCGUGGAGUUAUGUCUCCUGCUGACAUAUCCAUGGAUAUAACUAAGUUAGUUCAGACGCUUGGUAUUUCUCCUAUUUCAUUUCGAGAUGGUGUCAGAUUGACGCUUGAACUGUGACCAGUGACCAAGUCUUGAUGCCAUGACGGUCUUGUAAAUUGCUUCCUCAUUGUAAUACUGAGGAGUACUCAUCAAUUUCACCCAUACUUGAUUGGGGUAAAAGUGUUGUUAAGGUGUUCUAGAGAAACUGUCUUUUAUCCCUAGAAGCUUCAAUUUGUUGAAGGAUGUCGACAUAAUGUGUGUCUCUACAAACUAGGGUUUAGAGUUGUAAUAGAAAAGUGUUCUAGGUAUUCAAUUGUAUUUGGAUUCUAUUACCUAUUGUGUACCUUGUAACUCCC